GCCGAAAGCCUUCGUAUAUCGCGAUGCCAUCAGUCUCAUCCGCCACACAGAUGUCAAUCUUCCCAUUGUCGUUGACGUUCCGCAACAUUUCCAUUGCUCCACGAUGACGAAAUUGCAGUGCACUUAGACUUGCUUUGUGCGACAUCGGGUAUUGUCAUUGUUACUACUCUUCGUAAUGGCCAUUUUCACUUAGACAACCAGAGCAUUUUUGUCGGAUCUCGCUCCGAAAUCGACGACGUCUUAUCCUUGCAUCACUCUGUAUGCGGAAUCUCGUCGACUAGGCAUACUCAGCAUGGAGCGAAACAGCUCUACUCUGGAAAUCGUCGUGUUGGGAACACAAACGGCCGAACAGAGCUCCAAUGGUCAACAACAUGACCGCGAGAUCUCUGGAGACUAUUCCGCCUUUGCUGGCUGGAGGUGCAAUCUGACCGGGCUAUCGCAAUCGCACAAUCUUUAUUUCGUGGCCUACAAGAGCGAAAUACAUGUCUUCAGUCCGACCUUUUCUUCUCAGAAACUUUCGUCUAGCCCUGACCUGAUCUUGCAGUCGCAGCCCUCCGGGCCCGACCUCAGUGGCUAUAUCGAUGCUCAGAACCCGCACAACAUCAACAGUCUCCUUGUGCAACUUCUCGGAAACGAAGAGGUUGUCGCUGCUGUUCGAGACGACGGGGAUGUUGACGCCUUUUUGGUUCGACACGUAAUCCAAGCAAUUGAGCGACGCACGUCUGGUCAGACUUCGCUCUCUCGUUACGCCGAAGAAAUACGACCAAUCUUUCAGAGAAACGUGGGCAAAAGUGCGUGGGGCUUGGCCAUCCAUUCCCAUGCUCGCACCAUUGCUGUCAGCGCAAAUACCCAGCAAGUUACCAUCUUCAAGCUGGGACUUGUGGAGCAGAGUCACGGGGGGCAGGUAGAUGAAGAAGGUGACUUUGUGACACUCAAUAACCGCGAAAUGGAUGUGACAUACCAUGUAGUCAACGGCGACUGCAAUAUUCCAUACAUUGCAUUUUGCAAUACUGGAGAUGACCCCGAAGCUCGAUGGCUCUUGACGACGGAUGUCAGUGGAUGCUGCCGUACGCUUGAUCUGCACACCAUGCGGACAGUUCAGAAAUUCCGAUUCGGAAGUACAGCGUUCUCAUUCUUGCAACAGUUCGACCAUGUUCACGCAGGCUGGACGAUAAUGUUCCUGGAUAAUCGGGCCUUUGUCCCACAAGAGACCGUAGCGGAUGCGCUCGGUCUAGAUGCAGGCGAGAGUCCACCAGGAAGUAAUACUCGCCAUGUCUGGGACAUCAGUGCCACUGCUCAGACAUUAAGUGAUACAUCUCCAACAUUCAUCAAACGUAACGACCGCUUAAGGCGUCACGACCGCACCUUGACGCCAUCAAACACGACUCGGCCGCCGCCUGAUUCGUCUCCGCUAUUGCACCCGGACGACACGCAUCGCGAGUCUGUCCAUGAACAUGACGUGACAACUGCCAGUGCAGAUGAUCAAGUCACUGGAAUAUCGACUGAAACCUCGGAGAACGAGGACGAUUCGGAUGUCUCUGUCUACAGCGGCGACAUGUAUUCUGAAGAUGAAGGUCUCUUGGGCAACCACCGACCGCGAGCGUCCCUCCCUCGAUGUGACUAUCCCGAAAACCUUUGUGAGGAUCUUCCCUGCCCAAUUCUGCAUGCGUCAGUACGUAAUGUGUACCUCCUGCAGCCCAGCGGCCAUCGUGAGGAGGGAGGUUCGGCUUGCGCGUCGCCAUUGGUGAGCUUCUCACAUGUACUGCAGCAAGACAUCCAGGCAGACUAUGCCUAUAUCAACGUCUUUGAGCGCUUCAAUAUGCACGCCUACAUCCCGGCCAUCGGCGUAGUGGUAUUGGCCUCACAGAAAGGUCGAGCCGUGGUUCUGUCGCUCACGAAGCUGCCCCGGGUGGAAUGUCGUUCGCCUCAAGGUCGCUUCUCCUUUGCCGACAAGAAGACAACGUAUGCAAUGCGCCUGGGGGGUGUUCUCCCUCUGGCAAGUCAGGAGCGACAAAAUCAACGGCCAUUCGCGCCGCUUGCUGGAAUCGCUUCCGGUCCCCUUCAAGGCACCGAGCAUCUCCCGACAGAGAAGAAGCGCUGGCGUCUGAUGAUGAUGUAUACGGAUAAUUCUGUCCUCAGCUAUGAGAUCCGCCGCACGUGGACGCAGAACCCAGCCGUGCGUCUAGAAAGUGUAAUGAUCUGACCGCAUUCCCCAGGCGAUUCCGCCGCUCAGCGAGGGCCAAUUGCAUCGACAGCGCGAUCAGAUAUGUAGUACCUUCUCCUGACGCGGUGCAGGUGUUGAAUGUGCACGGCAGCACGUUCUGUCAUUUGAUCCUCGCCCAGCGAACGCAAAGCUAGAAGUGGUCCAAUUAUUAUUCGAUGAUUACCAUUAUGUGUUGGGCUAUCUCUUCCACCCGAUAUUACUCCUAAACUCCUCGCUGAAAGGGCAGAAGUUUUGUCUGCCAUCAAAUGAAAUGCAUGAACGAAUGUCGGCCCGUGGGUUGUCUUCUUCUCCUCCCUUUCUU